AUGGACAAGAUCAACGCUAGCCCUCUAGCGAGGCCUUUCUUCGAGGAUUUGGGUCUGGAUGAUCAACAUGUCUUUCUGGGAGCCGAUCGUCGCUUGGUUGUUUAUCCCUGCCGAUCCAAAACUCUCCUCAAUGUUGUCGCCAUCCAUCCUGCUGAGAACGACAGUCUAGAGACCGAAUCUUCCUGGCUCUCGGGCGGCAAUAUGGAGGAUUUGCUGCACACAUACCGAGACUUUGGACCGGAGCUGAUUGAGAUGUGCCGCCUGGGAGAAGAUUUGAAACUCUGGAGUCUGGCAACGCGUGAGCCCCCGAAGACAUUUUACCGAGGCAAGACAGUCUUGGUUGGUGAUGCAGCCCAUCCAAUGCUUCCUCAUCAAGGCCAGGGUGGCGCACAAGCGCUUGAAGACGGCGCGGCUUUGGGUGCCCUAUUGCCAUACGACACCUUGUCCAGUCAGGUCAACCGAAGACUACAGCUGUUCAACAAGGUCAGAUAUGCGCGCACAAUCACUGUCAUGGUCAUGUCAAGCACCAGUGACGAUAGGCGUGCCGAGAAGAUGCCAGAGCUCCAACGAUACGUCCCCGAUGCUCGCCUCCCAAAAAACAUGUUUGAGUAUACGUGGAGUUCGUACGCCACGCUCGAGGCUCGGAGGGCUUUGGAAGAAGAUUUGGGAGCGAGCUUUGGACCUUCUGCUAGGCUUUGA